UGUCGAAGUAUGUAAAUGUCGGAGCAUUAUCAGUUCGUGGCAAAGGAUAAUAAUCAUUUGUUGAUUAUAAUUGUUCUAAGUUUCCUUACAACCAAAAUAAUAAUGGGUGUGAAAAGUUUUCAAAUUAUUUACGAUAAUCCUACUGCUGUAUAUAUGCCGGGUCAAACGGUGAGUGGCCGGGUACUAGUUGUUACAAAUGAGUCUGUAAAAAUAAGAAGUAUAAAGAUGAAAAUUAAAGGAGAAGCUUCUGUUAAAUGGGUUGAGGAAGAAACCCGUAGAAACGACAACGGUGAAACUCAUAACUAUACAGAAGAUUAUACAGCAGAAGAAGAAUAUUUUGAAAAUAAAUUUACUUUGGUUGGUGGAGGAGGAGAGACACGUUUAGAAGAAGGUGAGCAUGUUUACCCAUUUAGUAUUACACUGCCUCAGCAGUUACCUUCAACUUACAAUGGUGCUCAUGGUAAAGUAGAAUAUGAAGCAAAAGUAACUAUUGAUAUACCCUGGGGGAAAGAUAAAGAGGCAAAAAGUAUAUUUCAAGUCAUAUCACCAUUGAAUUUAAAUGAUGAGCGAAAUUUAGCUGAGCCAGUUAAACAAGAAAAAGAAAAAUAUUAUUGUUGUUGUUGUUGUCAAUCCGGGCCCAUGACAUUAGUUGUAUGUUUACCAUAUGCUGGCUUUGUACCUGGACAAAAUAUACCACUAACUAUUGAACUGGAUAAUAAUAGCAAUGUUGUAGUUGAAGGUGUUAAAGUAAAAUUGGAAAAAAAUAUAACUUUUAAAGCAACUAAGCCAAGUGGAACUAAAAAAAAAUCAGCAGAAUUGGCUAAAUUAAAUUUAGGUGGUGUUGGAGAACAUGGUUCAAAAACAUGGACAGAACAAAUGCCUAUACCUAAUUCUUUAAUAGUGUCUAAUUUGAAACAUUGUGACAUUAUAAAUGAAAAAUAUAUACUAAAAGUUGAAAGUUGUGUUGGUGGAUUAAAUGAAAACACUACAUUAUACAUCAAUAUUACUUUGGGAAAUAUCCCAUUGACGAUUGCUCAAGAUGCACCUCAAUUCAGUUUUCCUAAUCAAGUAAAUCCAACUGGAAUAUAUCCACCAAAUCCUACAUCAUCUUUUGGAUUUGUGGAGCCAUCACCAGUUCCUGGAUUUGCCCAACAAUAUCCUCAACCACCCAUGCCAUUAGCUAAUCCACAACAAUAUCUACCACAAGGUGGCCAACCUGCUUAUCCUCAAUAUCAAACUCCUAAUGAAAUUCAACCUCCUAAUCCUGGUUUAAAUUAUCCUUCACCGCCAUUUGGCCAACCCGUGUAUCCUCAAUAUCAGCCACCAAUUGAAAUUCAAUCUCCUUAUCCCAUUGAAAACAUGCAACAACCUCCCUUAAAUCCAGUGUUCCAAAAUCCAUAUCCACCUGCUUCUCAACCUAUUAAUCCUAAUGCACCUCAAUUAAAUAAUUAAUUAUAUAUAUAUAUAUAUGUUUUUUAUAAUCCAUUGAAUAAUUUGUUCUACCAAAAGAUUAAUUUUUAUAUUUACAAGUGCAUAUUAGUUAUAUUCUUAGUCAAAAGAUUAUGUAUUAAAAAUAAUUGCUUAUGGGUGCUAUCAAUUACAUUGUGCCUUUAUUAACAUAAGAAGCUAUUAUAAUAUAUAUUUAUUUAUUUUUAAGUUUUAUUAUUACCAAAUACUCUUACAGUUAUUUUUAUAUAAUAUACUUUGCUGUAUUCUUAUAAUUGAUUUAAUGCUCGAAAAAAUUACAUUUUGUUUGAUCAUAA